AUGUUUCUAGAUGAAAUUGAAGAAGAGGAAGAGAGUCUUUGUGCUAUCUGCUGGAAUUGGGUCUCAAAAACAAUCAUUGUUGAUUGUGGACAUCCUGCUUGCUUGUCUUGUCUCAGCCGAAAAACCUUUCUACCUUUCUGUUGCACCAUGUGCUGGGAAUUCUCCAGGCUGAGAACUCUUCAGGCUGCCAUUGCCAUGCACCCUGAUGGAGAAGGUGGUGUGUGUGAGAUGCACAGGGAAGACCAGAAGCUGUUCUGUGAGAGUGACAAAAUGCUACUCUGUGUGACCUGCUCUGAAUCAGAGGAUCAUGAGGAUCACAUACAUUGGCCCAUUGCAGUGGCUGCUCUGGGAUAUAGGAAGAUGAUCAGAAAGGAUAUGAAAUUCUUGAACUAUCAUGUGAAAAUAGUUCAGGAACUACAAAUUCAAGAGAAGGACAGACCCAUGGUAUGGGCUUUGGUGUGGACUGAUCAUAAAGUUAUAUCAAGAAAAAUCUUUAAGGAAAAAAUACAGGUAAUAUGGGAAUACCUGAAGAAGGAGAAGACUGAGACAACAGAUGUAGAAGAACUCAUAAUGGGGACGGGCAACGAGAAGUUCAUAAAGCUCUAUCAGAGGCUGAAGGAGAUGGAAGCUGAACAGGAACAAGACAUAAUGGACCAAAAGAAAGAGUGGGAGGACAUGAUGUCCAGACAGAGCAUAAUUUUAAUAGACAAAAUCAGAGAGCUAGAGGAAAAGAGUCAGAAAUCAAAUGUGGAACUACUACAGGUAAGAGAUACAUUUGAAAGGAAUUACAUAGGUACAAAUUUGGAGCCUUUCAUUCCUCAUGUAGAUACUUUUUAUCUUAAUGUGGCAACUGAAUUUCUAAAAUUCUUUCAUGCAUCUGGACUGUCACAGACUUGCAAUUCCUACAACUUUUCUAAAGAAAAAAAGAGCACUGUUACAUUUGUACCUGACUCCUCAGGAAAGAAAUAUGCUAUUUACACCACUGGGAAUCUUCAAGUCGACUCCAUUAGGAUAACAGCCUUCUUACUGAGGACUUCAUCUCAGGAUAGAGUUCUUGAAGAAGUACAUACAAGAAAAAUCACCAGUUUUUGGGCAUCCACUUUUGAGGGAUAA